AUGCUUCUAACGACCACAAUUGCGAUACCAAUUGCAAUCACGAGACUUACUACACCGAUCGAAACUAUAGAGGAUCAGGUAAGAGCUAUAACCGUGGCUCAAGAGGCUAUAAUCGCGGUAGUGGAGGCAGAAGUAGGAACAGAGGUUUUGCACGUAGAAGAGAGAAUAGAGGCUUUUGCGGAGGUAGAAAGCCUAAAGUAUGCUUCAUUUGCGGCAAACCCGACUGCUAGUCUACAAAACACUCCUUCGAAGAACGAAAACGCUCUUACGACGAAUCAAGCAACAUACGCUAUUGAAAACUAUCAGUACGACGAAUACGAUCACGGUGACCGCAACUACUUCACUCAGACCUUUCUCACCGAGGCUAGAGAAGUGACAAGCGCCGAGACCAUUGCAAUUUUCUUCCUUCCCGAUUCGAGAGCUGCAAUACAGCGUUUUGCUACCACUCUUAAGGCUGCCGGUGAAGAGUUUGAAACCGACAUCUUCGAAAAGAUUACCAAAUACUAUGCGCAGUAUCAACUACAUAAGCAAGCCUUUCGCAGAUUCAAAAUCUUUUUGAAAGAUAACGUCGGAAAAGUAAAACGCUACUAUAGCCCUCUCCGAAGAAUAUAUAAUAUUCUGAAAGAAGAACUAGCAGCCGGCCCCGAAAGUAUUGUCCUUACAUUGCUCGUAUACGGCGCAUACCCACGCCUUUCUGAAACAGAUUCUCUAGCACUAUCUAUAAUAAAGAGACGAAAAGCCCUUCGAGCUGCAAUUAAAGAGAUUCGUCGACUACAAGCUAAGAGAAAAGUCAAGGACGCCUUAGCAAUGCGAAAUGGACCAAAUACCUUAGAAACCUUCAACCUCCCUUUGCAAUCAGACGUCAAAGUCUAUAAAGAAGUAAAAGUUGUCAAACCGUACUAUAAAACACCUUCAGAUACGCUAAACCUCGAAGAAUCCUUGCCACCGAACCGGUUAACUGAAGCUGAACUACCACCGGUCCAGCCUACAAGACAACCUACCACUCUAGCUACUAAGAUUGGAUCACGCCCGCGCAAACCGAAAAGCAGUUUAGCAGUUCGUUAUAGCCCUUGUCACCUUUUUGCAAGUAUAAAAGAGUUCAAAGAUUUUGACGAGCAAUUUCUCAAUCACGAGAAUGAUGUCAUCAUAGUAUUCUUUACUUAUAAAGAAAAGGCUGAUGUUGCGCUCUCUACGAAGCUUAGAAACGAAAGAGUUAUCAUUACGCCCGGCGAGCAAUUCGUAGAAUCACGCCUCCAAGAGCUAAAAGGCUUAAUAAAGAAAGAAGUAUUUGAAGUUGUAGAAUACAACCUUGCGGUCCACGGAAUAAGCCCUAACAAAGAGUUCAAUGACUUGGAAGAGCAAGAGCUUAAGAAGGCUGAUUUUAACGCCAAGCUAAAAGAGACGCUUAUAGUAGAAAACGAAGUGACAUUCAAUGAAGGAACACUAAAGAAGCUCGCUAAUGGCUCGAUUCUACUCAAGCAAAAGGACCAAAAGAAGAAGCUAGAGCUAAUUACCGAAAAUAGAAACAACUACUUAGAACAGCGAGCACGUGCAGCUUACAUUGCAAGCUUGUCAACCGAAAAGAAGUUUAACAGCUCCUUCUUUAUCCAAAGGAACCUUAUCGCUGCUAGUUCCACAAAAUGCAAGCGAGUAACACGCUUAGUACUUGCUUCAGAAAUCUAUAGCAUGGUCUCCGGUAUGGAUAUUGCUAUUUGCGUAGCUACUACCCUUAAAAUAAUUACUAACAAGCUAGAAGUCCUCGAGGUCUCUAUAGUCGUUUAUACCGACUCAUAUUCUUUCUACGAAUGCCUUGUCAAGCUCGGAACCACUAAGGAAAAGCGCUUAAUGAUCGACAUUAUAGCCUUUAAGCAAUCAUACGAGCGCCGAGAGCUUGCAAAGGUCAGAUAG